UUCCCGCGGAGCGCGCGAACCGCCAACAAAACGCUCGCGCUUGCCGCACGCCGCGCGCACAAACACAACUAAUUAUCGCGUAUAAACAUACUCAUGAAUAUCGUGCCCACAUAUAAACACACUGCAACAAUGAUUAUCACCUGUAUCGCUGUUAUUGCAUUAAGCAUUUUCCAAGUUGACGGGAAAGGAGCAAUCUACUUGACGACUAAAAAUGGAACGUUUCCAAUAUCGCUGACAUCCCUGAACUCCCGAGACGAUGCUACACCACAACACACUCCCGGCAUUUUGUCUGCGACCGCUAAAAAUCUCUCACACAAUACCUCCGAGAGGGAACACGACUACUGGGAUGCCUCUGAAAUGUUACUCUCCAAUUAUAUCAACGGCACUUACGACGAAGUUGACGCGUUCACGCUAAAACAAAACGCCAAGAGAAGCAUCAAUGACGCCGUGUCAAAGAAUAUCACGUUGGUCCUCGAAAACUUGUUGAAAAAUUACGAAAAUUCACAGUUGCCUACGCAUGGUAAAGGCUACCCUACUGUCGUCCAAACCAAUAUCCUUAUACGAAGUAUGGGACCUGUAUCUGAACUUGAUAUGGAUUAUUCAAUGGACUGCUACUUCAGGCAGUACUGGCGCGACACCCGGCUGUCGUUCCUGGGUCCCAUCCGCUCGCUGUCACUUUCUAUCAAGAUGCUCGAAAGGAUUUGGCGGCCAGACACGUAUUUCUAUAACGGGAAACAUUCCUACGUGCACACUAUCACCGUACCCAAUAAGUUGCUCAGGAUUAGUCAGCAUGGAGAUAUUUUGUAUUCCAUGAGAUUAACCAUCAAAGCAAAAUGUCCUAUGGAACUCCGCAAUUUUCCAAUGGACAGACAGUCAUGUCCUCUUAUUCUAGGCAGCUAUGCAUACUCAAACCAACAACUGGUAUACCAAUGGCAAAAUUCUCAGAGCGUCAACUUUGUUCCUGGCAUGACCCUCUCACAAUUCGACCUCAUCAGCUUCCCUUACAGAAACUUCACAUUCACUCGACGGGAAGGCGAAUUCUCAGUGCUUCAAGUAUCCUUCAACCUUCAGCGACAUACGGGCUAUUUUCUCAUACAAGUGUACGUGCCCUGCAUACUCAUCGUGGUCCUUUCUUGGGUAUCAUUCUGGAUUCAUCGCGAGGCCACUUCGGACCGGGUCGGGCUCGGUAUAACGACAGUGUUGACCCUUUCCACUAUUAGUUUGGAUUCUCGCACGGACUUGCCUAAAGUGAGAUAUGCAACCGCUCUCGACUGGUUCUUACUGAUGAGUUUCUUCUAUUGCAUUGCAACACUGUUGGAGUUUGCUGGCGUGCAUUAUUUCACUAAGGUCGGUUCAGGGGAGAUCGUGAUCGAUGAUGCAGAAUGGGAGGAACUGAUUGAAGAAGUGGGCGGUGACGCGUUUGCCGCGCGACAACUCGCGGUACGCCGGCGCAGCUCAGCACGAUCCACUACAAACUUUAGCUUCACUCUCCCCGCUCAAAGCACCACAACAGAUGAGAGCGGGGGCCCAGCAGAACAGACGGCAGUUCGUCUGACGAUGGAACGCACCACGCAGACCGAGAGGCGAGUGCCACGCUGGCGUCAGUUGCUCUACUGUCUCGCUGGAGACGAUCGAUAUAGGCGCCAGAGACAGGUGGAAGCUGGCAGCCGCGGCCACAUAAACAGCGUGUCUCACAUCGACCGAGCUGCCCGCGUCAUGUUCCCGGCGUCGUUCGCUCUUCUCAACUUGUUCUACUGGAUGGUCUACGCGUUCUCCAGCGAUGACUUCGCUUGGAGUGACAACCCUAUGAAUACUUUGUCUCAUUAGA